AUGGAUCCGAGCCUCUCCGCUUUGCAUGAUUUGCUGCUCCGGAGUCAACACGAGGCCAGGGCCGGCAAGCCGAAUUCAGAGGGGCAAAGCAGUGCCUCCUCUCUUUUCCUUGACAUGCAGACACAGCGCACCUUAGGUGCUCUGCCUUCGACAAGUUGUUUUGGAUCCAAGGGUCUAUCCGCUGAGGCUCAGUGUGCCGGCACUCGGCCGGUGGACCGGGGUUUUCGAGUUUUCGGAUGGAACCUUGGAGGAUGUUCGGCCGACACGCUUUGCGACUUGGUCAAAACGGCUACACGUGAGGCGGUUUUCGACAGUGAUCUUUUUCUUCUACAGGAACUUCCUCGCUCACGCACAGGUUGGGCGACCACCACCACCAAGGAAGGGUACAGGCUUGUGGGUCAUCAGGGUUCUUCACAGUGGCGAGGGACAGGGCUUCUCUAUUCGCCCCUGGCGUGGUCAGUUAUUCGCAGGGUCGCCAAAGGGAAGGGUACCUGGUUCCUGCUGAAGUCUUUGCGAAGUUCGGUUCAAUUCUGGGUUGCAACCUUUCACUUCACUCCUGGGCUUACGGUUCAGAAGCACGAGCAGGAAGUCCUGGAGUUCCUCAAGGGGCGACCUUCGGACGGCAGGCCUGUCCUGUUGCAAGGGGAUUCCAAUGCUCACUUAGGCUGGGUUGCUGGGUCUGGGGCUGUUGAAGCUCUUGGCCUUGAGGGCAAAUCCAUCAUGAUGCUGGACCAGUUUUCGGCAGCGGGAAUUCGGCUUUGCCCUCCGCCGUCACGGCAGUUCCCGACUCCUACCAGCAGGCCCCGACGCGAGGGCUGUGAGGGUCAUCAGAUCGACUUUGGGGCUACAAAAGGGGUUCCUCUCUACAUCCACGAGGACUCUUACAUGCUGCAGGGCACUGACCACGAACUGCUGGAGCUCCGCUUCUGGCUCAGGCUAGCUGCUCAGUGCACACGACCACGCCCCAGUAAGUGCUUCCGGGACCCCCGUGCGGUGAAGGAGGCCUUUCGACGGGCUAAGACGUCUCGUUCCCCUGCUGCUUGGAAAACCGCUCUUCGCCUUCGUAGAGAGGCUCGUCGGUCCUGGGAGAGCGCGAGGAUUCGAAGGGCUACGGAGGGGGACUGGCAGGCUUUCCGAGAUGAGACCCGGGUUCAAGCGACGGGUUGGGACCUCGUCUACGCUGAUGCCCAAGCCUGUGAUCCUCAUCAGUCUGUGCACCAACACCUUACUGAGGUUUACUCCGGGGAUGACCUUCCUCCACUGCCCCCUUUCGUGGGGCCGGUCCAGGCGUUCAGCAUCGAAGAGCUCACCAAGGCGGUCUCGCAGAUACGGAAGGGGAAGUCGGUUGGGGUUGAUCUCACAUCCAGGGAACUGCUGGACGGCAUCCUGCAGACGACUGGGGGCCCUGAGCACCUACUGGAGUUUAUGAAUCGUACAUUGUGUACACAGACUGUGCCCCGAGAUUGGAAUCGGCCCCUUGUCAUCAUGCUCGCCAAGACUGACUCCCCUACUGCUCCGUCGGACCUCAGGCCCAUAGCAGUUGGCUCCUCAGCAGCCAAACUCUUCUCACGCCUCCUCGUCAACCGCAUCGCUCCUAAACUAGCUCCACGGACUCACUCUCAGUGCGCCUCGUCAGGACGACAGACAUGUGACGUGGUUUGUUCGCUGUGGAAGCUCUGCGAGUUAGAACGAGAAUGGAAGGCAGGGUUAGGGGUGGUCAAGGUAGAUGUGCGAAAAGCCUUUGACUCAGUUAAUCGGGCUGCUCUCCUUGCUGCUUUACGCGCCAGACUCGGCGACACAGCCGAAUACCGGUGCUUCCACGCCCUGCUGGUCGACGUGGAGGCCGUCCUCCAGACUUGCUGGGGCUCGAGUCUGUUGGCCAUGAAGUCUGGAAUCAAACAGGGAUCGAUCGAAUCUCCGAUCCUUUUCUCGUUCCUCAUGGAGGUUGCGUUGGAGCAGGCCAGGGUUAAGUCCUCGUGGGAUCAGGGUUCGCACCUUUUCCAUGACAUGUUGGAGGAGGACCUCCUGUAUAUGGAUGAUGGCUACCUCUGGGGGCCUGACUGUCGUACACUCGGAGUUCGCCUCGGGCAGCUAGCAGAGGUUCUACAAGGAUUUGGUCUGACUCUGAACAUCGCCAAGUGUGUCCUCUACUGUUCCCCCUACUGCCCAGGACCACAUAAGCUCCGACUACAUCGCGUCACCUUGGAGGCCUCUGACCACCUCCCGGUGAUGGGCCUGAAGAUGAGGGUAGGGAUGAGCAUGAGUGAACUUAUACAGCCACUCCUGUCCCGGGCCAGGUCCAAAUUUUGGGGCUUGAAGCACUUGUUCCGCUCAAAGACUCAGGCCAAAGGGAGGGUUCAGCUAAUGCAUCGUGUUAUCUCCAACACUGCUCUCUGGUGCAUCGCCGCUCUUCCCCCUGAUCGUCCGGCGCUCGCCCUCGUCAACUCGUUCCAGGCUCUUCUGCUGACGUGGCUUUUGCGGCUUGGAAAACGAGCCGAUGAGGACUGGCCCGCCUUCCGUAAACGAGCGGUGCGAAGUGCCCGGUACUCCCUCCAUGUGGCAGGGUGUCCCCGGUGGAGCACCUGCUGGCUUACUCGGUGGUGGACAUUUGCUGGUCACAGGGUCAGGGCCUCGCAACAACAGUUUCCCCCGAUCUCCACAAUCCUGGAAAUGUUCCGUGACAGGCAAUGGUGGCAGAAGGCCAAAGAUGCAGGGCUGUCCCACCCGGAACGUUUCUUCGCGCGGCUGCACUCUUUGGACAAGGCCAUGGAUACAGUGUGUGGGGGACCGUGGAGGGUUUAUGCUUUGGAUCGUGCAGCUUGGCAAGCUAAACUUUCGACCUGGAUUCAACAGAGGGACUUGCCUUGGGCGACCGAGCGUGUGAUUCCAAUGUGCGAUCGCCACCCCGGCUUUGGAGCCUUCUACAUGUACUUUCUCUUGCCCGCCCUCGGUACGAUUCUGCCCUUCUUCGCCCAGCUCCCAGGUGUGCUCGCGCCAAUCCCGGAUGACUACGGCAACUGGCCGCCGAUCUGGUUCACAGAGGCAACUCUCCGAGGACGAGACCUGGCAGCACGAGGGCUUCGUAUGUCGGAUGCCCUCGCGAUGCUAGCCCGGACUGCCUCCCACCGCAACUUUGCCACCUACACGAACUUCGCAUCCAGAGCGGCUGUGGCUAUUGGGAACACCUUGGAGCUGCCCGUCUCCAACCUGGCGCCUGAGGAGAUCCACCUGGACCUCCGUGUCUGGGUGACCUUUGUGGAGGCCCAUAUCCUUGAGGAGUUCCUGGAGCAUGAGUACCCCUUCCAGCAGGGACUUUACGAAGGUCUCCGCAAUGUGAACCCGAACCUGGCCUCCCUUCCCGCGCCACCGCAGGAGACCAUGCUCCGAGCCCAACGCCGGGAAGAGUUCAACCAACUCCGACGCGAUCCUCCUUUCAUUCGACACCUCCGUGCCUCUACUGGACCGGCUUUCCGAUCUCACUCCCUCAUGCGGCUUGAGUGGGUGGGCCGGUGCGUGGGCGACUUCCACGAUCUCUACCACGCGGGCUACAACCUGCAUGGGGUCUUCGAAGAAAUGGUGGCCUUCAUCAGAGCCAGGGACAAUGGUAGCUAUCGCUCCCUCGCACUCCCCUAUUACAGAGAAGUUCUCAGCCAGCUGGGCACCUUCUUGGGCUCACCGGACUCUUCCAGGCCGCCACAGGCUUCUGAAUGGGUUGCUGACAGGGAGUCGGAGCUCUGGUACCUCUACAACUACCACGGCUUGAAGGCUCGAGAUGUUGAUGUGGACGACAUUUCGGUUGGCAAUGCUUCUUCGUCCAACCGUUCCUGUGCUGAGGAGGCCGCUGAUGAUGUGAGCUCCCUCAUGGAUCGCAAGGGGGUCAACAAGAGAUGGCUCAAGAAUGCACCUACUCGCCGCCGACGAGCACCUUCUCGCCCGCGGACUCCCCACGCCUCUACUACACCCCGCUCUUUGAAUCGCCCCUCGGCACCUACGACCACUGAAAGGGUGAAUCUGUCAGCCAUGGCGAAGCACAAGUGCCGAGGUACACCGAUGCCGGCCACUACCAGGCCGACGCCCAAGGCACGUCCUGCUGCUCGAGCCCCACUGCCUCGGUCGGAGAAACCUACCCACCGAUCCCCGCCUCAGGCCAGCCGGGAACAAGGAGCUUCGAGGGACAUGCCAGCGUCGUCCUCGGAGGCCGCGGGGGCAGGUGGUACUGGACCUGAUGGCCCUCUCACGGUUGAGGAGGCCCUGGACACAUGGUUGCUUCUUUUGGGGGUCCGGGACAUAGACGAGCCCAUCGGCACAGACGUUCUGCCGGAGAGGGUUACGACCGCCAUUGUUGAAACCUUUUUGGAGCAUAACUUGGCGGACCGCUUGACCUUCACCAUGGCGGUCAAUCGGCUCUUGGGUGGCUUGCUGUCUGCCAUUGGAGCUGCUUUGGAAGUUGCUACAACCCAGGCGGCGAGCUCCCCUGCGCCUCCACUUCCGCCACCGAGAACGCCUCCUUCAGAGCCUCGGGACACUGAGGACGACGAGUCCAUCUAUAUGCAGACCAGCAUUGCGGAUGCACUUCAACCCCGGACUGGGACUAUGCCGGCAGCGGUGUGGGAGAACUUGUUGCAGAAGUUCCAGAGGGGCCUCGAGGACUUGCCGAAGGGAUUGAGAGCGGUCCAGGUUGAACACCUUCUGAGUUGGCUGGACUACAGGUGCACCCGCGCUCAAGAGGGCUUCCUGUUGGGGCAUCUUCGUGACGAGGGUGCUCAGCUGCUUGCAGUUCUUGUCGCCUUCAGGGAUCAGAACCUAGCAGCCGUCUCGGAGCAGGAGCCUUUCUGCCGAUCAGCGCCUCUAGUCGCUUGGCUCAUGGGAGAAGUCGUCUUCGAGAUCCCUGUCAUGCUCUUCCCGAAACCGCUCCCGGACUCCGACUCUGACAACAUCCCGAACGUGACCGAGCCUCUCCCAGCUACCUUGCCCGCGAUCGACCUCGACACGCAAACUACGGAGAGCACGGGGGUUCUUGCAGUGCAUGCUGAGCCAGGCUCCGGGUGGUCGGCCGGCCAACUACGCCCCCUGGGGGAAGCUCCCCCGCCGGACCUGGAGGACAGCCUCGAGGAAUCGCGGCAAUAUGUGGAUCUUCUCGCGGCGGAUGAACAGGAGGCACGGCAUGAUCGUCUGGUUGAAGAACAACGUCUCCGACGCGAACAAGAUGCCAUUGAGGCGGAAGAGUCGCAGCAGCUUCAGUACCUCGAGGGGCUACAGGAGGAGAAUGCUCUUGCCACACCUUCAGCUGGAGUGGGCCGCAAGCGUCGCAUUUUGGUGGUGGAAAUGUCAACUGGCAGUCAGGAUGAGCCGCGGACGGCACGAUGCAUUCGCCUCCCAAUCUCGGAGGACGGCAUUGCGACCAUGACCUUGCGGCUGUGGAGGGACGAUGAGCCGGAUCAGGAUCUCAUCCCUACUCCGGUCUUGGAGCCUUCACUGCCUGCCGCCCCCGUGCCGCCGACCCAGCUGCUUCCUGCCACUCUGCCGGGGGACUCCGGGGAGGUCGCUGAUGACAACAUUGCGAUCAACUUUGCGGAGUACCAGGAAGUUUUUCAGGCCUGGGCGAAUGGGCGAAUGUCGACCUCCCAGGUGUUGGCGUUGCAUGGACGUGGUGUGCUGAGCCUCUUGGAGUCGCAGUGGGCCUUCAUGGCUGACGACACCUGUGCAGCUGAAGCUCGCCUCGCCGCUCUGCCAGGGGGUCCGGGCUCGGCUUUGCCUCCUGUGGGCGCUGGCUGCCUCGGGUCUGAGGGGGACGACAGUCAGGAGGCGGUUGACACGCUGCUGGAGGAGUGGGAGGUUCUCUUCUCUCGUUGGAAAGGUGGCCUCCUUACCACGGCAAUGGUUGAACGUGAGCUCGGUGGCAAGGCAGUUUCAGAGCUGUACCGGCGAUGGCAGGUGUAUAUGGACGGAGCGACUGCUUAUGCUGAUGGUCAGCGGGGACGUUCCUCUGGCGAUGCUGGCCCGGGGGUUCUUGAUCGGGAUGAUUGA